CUUUAUGAUAAGAAGUAUAUUUUAGUCUAUGGAUUACGUUAUCACCCGAGAGUGUGGUGUUUUGAAGCAAAUUACAAUUUUCCUUAUUAUCUCCUAUAUAAAUAUAAAAAAGUUCCACAAUUCUUAGUUUUCUCACUAUAUACAUGUGUAAAAUCAGUAUAUAUAUUCACAUUUCAAUUCCAAUAAUGGAGUUUCUAUAGUGAAUUAGUUCUCAUGGAGUGCCGAUAUCAAUCUAUCUUUUUCGAAAAUAUGUGGAAAUAUGUCACUCGACGAUUUCGGGAUACGUUGGAGCGCGGUGCUAAUCAAUUCGAUAGAUGCAGCUCCACCGUAGUCAAUAAUGGUGCUGUCAAUUUUUGUGAGGAGAAAAAUGACAGUCCACCUUGGUGGCUAUCAUUGGGUAGUUCUGAUUCCCAUCAGAACGAGAAUGAGCCGAACCAUCAGGAAUGGUGCUCCGAACAUCAAGAGAGAAAUUGGAUGGGUGCCAUAGCAUGGGAAAAUGGUGUGAACAUAAGUGAAAACCCUGAUAUCCAUGCUGGGCCACCCUGCAAGUGGCUUGCACUUCGCAAACGAUUUGAGUCCCACCAAGAUGAAAAUGGUCCCAAUGAGCACCACAAAUGGAACUUUGGACAUGGAGAUGGGCCCUGGUCCUGGGGAGGCAAGCCAUGGGAAAAUGGUGCUGAAAAAGGAGGAGAAAACAAUGCAAAAAAGCCGGGGCCUCCAUCUAAAUGGCGUGGAUUCCGCUGUCGAUCUUUCCAGAAAGGAGAAGGUCCUGAUGCCGAAAAAUGGAGGGAACAUAGAGCUCGAAUUGCAAAGAUGUGGAUGGACCCCAAAAAAUGGGAAAAUCGCAUGAAAGAACUUCAUGAGAGAGAUGAGAAAAAUGUCGGUCCACCACGUAAGUGGCAUGCAAUUCGCUGUGAAACAUACCAAAACGAGAAUGAAAUGAAAUGGAGCAUUGACCACCCAGAAAAAACUUGGAUGACUCCCAGAUCAUUGGAUAAUCAAUUGGAAACAGUUAAGGAAAAUAAUGAAGAAAAUCCGUCUUGUAAGUGGCUUCAACUUCGCAAAUGCUGCAAAUCGUACAAUGACGAUAAAGGCACUAACAGCAACAAAUGGGGCUUCCAACACCUCAACAAAAGUUGGGUGGAUGCUAUUACCUGGAGUGGUGCAGCAGUUUUGGGAUGGUAUACUAGUCAAAUGAUACAUUUUAAGAUCAAGCAGCAUUGCAGGAUUCUUGACAUUCAAGAGAAGGCAUGCGUCCCUGUAAACAGCUUGGUGAAUUGUGUCCAGCCAUUCAUAUCAAGUGUAAACAAAAAUGAUUUUUACAUUGAAUCUAUUUCCAAAAUUGGGAAGAUGUUCUCUGAAUUUACUCCCACUGUUUAUUUGAUGCCUAAUGACACGGAGAAAGAGUUACCUAAAGUAUCAAUCAAAGAGAAUUUAUCUCAGAAAACAAGUGUAACAAGAACACUCAGCAAUUCUAGCUCUGAAACAUCUGACGAUGACUUGGGUGAUGUGCUGAAUUCAAUUGAAAACAGACUCGGCUUAGCGGCCAUUGAGAGUGGACACUACCAAGAUGGACUAAGUUUAUUAAGAUCUGCAGCCGAACGUAACCAUGCUCCAGCCAUUUAUAAUUUGGGGCUGUGCUAUGAAAAAGGUUUAGGUGUAACUGCUAAUGAAAAAACGGCAAUGGAGCUGUACAAAUCGGCCGCCUCACUGGAUCACCCUGAAGCCCUGUACAAUCUAGGCAUUUACUACGGACAGGGUCGAGGCGGACUCAAGGCUGAUCAAGAAACUGCUAUACGUUUACUACGUCUCGCCGCAGUGCAGGGCCAACAGGCUGCAGUCGAGGCUCUGAAAUAUCUCAACGUGAGUAUUUCUGAGCCGCGAAACAAAAACGUGAACACAUGGACUUAUGACAAACACGCAGAUUUUGCAACAAACCCACAUGUUCCGACACCAAGCGGGAUGUUUGUCGAAAAUAUAAAUUACCUGCAGGCAACAGUGUGAAGCUGCGAGGGCAUUUUUAUAUUUUAAGUUGGUGGUGGAUGAUUUUGUAAUGCGUACUACAUCUUAAUUAGUUGCUAAGUUACAAUACACGCAAAGCGUGAUUAUACCAAGUAAUAAAAUUACAUGGUCUUUAUAAAGGUGAUGUCACACUAUAUUUCUUAAAUGGAAUGUUUAGUUACUAAUUGGCCCUUUAUUUUCAUUUUAUUUUGAUGUAUCAAUGUUGUUUUACUAUAUAUUUUAGGUUUGUCUUUUGAAAGCUAAAUGUUAACUUUUUCGCUGUAUAUAACGAUAGACACACGGAAGGUUUGCUUGCAAAUUUUUGACAAACACUUCAUUAUUCUAUGAAAUGCUCUCAGUGAUAAAAUUUUAUAACAAUUAUUUCGAUCGCGAGGUGUGGAUUGAUUCAUACGAACUCAGCGUCAUACAUUAAGAACAAAAGGCUUGCAUAUGUAGAACACAUAGCUCCCCCCUUCUGUU